UCCAAUCUCCUCUCACUUUCGCCAACCUAACCUUUCUCUCUAUCUCUCUCUUCUCUUUUGUGAAUAAAUUCAGUCAUGUCCACACAGGCAAUCCCGCAUAUAAAGUACCUGGACGAUCAGUGAGAUUAAGCGAAUUUAUGCGAUUGUUGCGGUUAAGAUGAUUCUGGUGGAGGCAGCACUGAAAGCGAAUUCGUCUUCAAACCUCCUAAUUUAAUCAUUGACAGUGGCAUGGAUGCCGAAACAGCUGUUGCAGGUGUGGUGGGUCACAAGAGGACCAAGAAGGGAGUUCCAAAAAACGACGAAAAUGAUGGUGAUGGCGGCGGCGAAGGAGCGGAGCAUGAGAUUCACAUCUGGACGGAGAGACAAAGGAGGAAGAAGAUGAGGGACAUGUUCUCUAAUCUUCAUGCCUUGCUCCCUCACCUCCCUGCCAAGGCAGACAAGUCCACCGUGGUUGACGACGCAGUGCGCUACAUCAAGGUUCUUCAACAAACCCUCCAGACAAUGCAAAGAAAAAGGGUUGAGAAACUAAGUGGUGGAACAAUAUUAGCUGAUUCAGAACCAUCCACCAUCACUUCACAGACACCCCGGGGGUAUGGAUCUACUUCAAGAGAAUCAUUUUUAGCCGAUCAAGGGCUGUCCGAAGCCAUGAAUUGCGCGGUUCCUGUACCCUUUACGCCUGCGUGCUUCCAGACAUGGUUUUCUCCGAAUGUUGUGAUGAACAUGUGCGGUGAAGAUGCGCAAUUCAGUGUUUGUUCACAGAGAAAGCCUGGUUUACUUUCUACCAUCUUUUACAUACUAGAGAAGCACAGUUUGGAUGUGGUGUCUGCUCACAUUUCUUCAGAUCAACACCGUUGCAUAUACAUGAUCAAUGUUCAUCAUGUAAGUAUAGUAGGCUGGUGGAGCUCCUCCUCAGUAUCGUGAUGCGUUAUCAGUGGAGGAUACCUUCAAGCUAGCUGCAGGAGAGUUGAAUCUCUGGCUCUUGUCUUGCUGAUAAUGUUGAAUGAACAUUCGUGAAUCGUGAUCACGAACAGUCAUGCAUGCUAGGUUUCUUCAUUUUCAAAAGAUAAAAAGUUGGUCUCCUACUUUAUAAUCCUUAUAAUCACUUCUGUGAGCAAGUUUUUAAGCGAUAAUGUAUAUACAAAUCAGACCAUGGAGUGUGCAUAUUGAAUUUCAGUUUUUUAUAUGGUGCAAAUAUAUGAAGUUCAAUUUCUCUUU